GUAUCGAGCAAACACCUUCUGCUCCAAGUCAGACGUGGACAUGUUCUGUCGCGAGGUGUCGAUACUCUGUCGCCUCAACCACCCGUGUGUGAUCCAGUUUGUGGGAGCUUGCCUCAACGACCCCAGCCAAUUCGCCAUCGUCACUCAGUACAUCUCUGGAGGGUCCCUCUUCUCACUGCUCCACGAACAAAAGAGGAUCAUCGAUCUCCAGUCCAAGUUGAUCAUCGCCAUAGACGUGGCCAAGGGCAUGGAGUACCUGCACAACCUGACCCAGCCAAUCAUACAUCGCGACCUCAACAGCCACAACAUCUUGCUUUACGAAGAUGGACAUGCAGUGGUGGCCGACUUUGGAGAGUCCAGGUUCCUGCUGUCAAUGGAUGAAGAUAACAUGACCAAGCAGCCCGGGAACCUGCGGUGGAUGGCGCCUGAGAUUUUCACCCAGUGUACGCGCUACACCAUCCCCAUAGGCCGAUGUGUUCAGCUACGCGCUGUGUCUGUGGGAGCUGCUGAGCGGGGGAAAUACCCUUCGCACAUCUCAAAACCCGCUGCAGCAGCUGCCGACAUGGCGUACCAUCAUGUACGCCCACCGGUCGGAUACUCCAUCCCCAAGCCCAUCUCCUCGCUGCUGAUGAGAGGGUGGAACGCCUGCCCAGAGGUGAGUGACCGCUCACAUUAG